AUGUUCCGCGCAGUGCGUCUUCUCCGCGGCGUUAGCCCCUUUUCCGUCUUCCUGAUGGACCAGAAGAACAACCCGUCACUGCAAGGCGUGUCGAUUGCAAAGCGCGGCAAGAUACUGUCCAAGAUGUACAAGGAGCUUUCGCUACGGCAGCGCCGUGAUUUGCAGAAGAGGGCGCAGGUGCACCCAAACCUGCGCAAGGCGAAGCACCAUAGGCCGCCGCGCAAGACGGAAUUUGCGGAGUUUGUGCGGAAGAACUACAACGUGGUGAAGGGCCUCAACUACCGCAAGCGGUUCUCUGCCUUGUCUCAGUUGUACGAGCUCCACAAGCCGAUCGAAGUGCAGGUGGCGAAGGCGCUUAAGGACAGGAAUGCCAAGAAGGUGACCUCGGCCAAGGCGGCAGUGAAAAAGGCCGCCGCCAAGUCAAAGGCGGCCAAGGUACCCAGGGCCAAGAAGGCCGCCCCCAAGAAGGCCGCCACCAAGAAGGCUUCCAGAAAGAAGUAG